AUGGCUCCGACGUCCAGGCCAGAUGGGCAGCUUAACCUAAACUUGUCGGGAUUGAACACAAUUCCAGAGCCUCCCACCGUUCCGAGCACCAUAUCCCCAUUCGGUAGUGCAAAAUCCUCAUCAGGACUUGCAGGCUUGUCGAGCGCCAGAGGAGGAGCGGGCUCUCCUCUUCACGAACAGACCUCCCGACUCUUCCCCAAACGCACGCGCGAAUUGCAAUCUCAGACCGCUUCUCUUUCUUCCAACAUCUGGGGUCCUCCUACGAGCGGGACGUCCACCCCGCUCUUCGAGAUACCCGAGUCUCCUAAUCAAGAUGGCUUUCCAGACCUGGUUCCCCUGACAGAGACCGGUAUCAACAGUCCUGCCAGGCGAGGUCGAGCUGGAACCCUUCCGUCAAGAAUAUCUCCUGUAGGGACUAUCAAUGGAGUCAAUGUCCUAACCUCGAAAACAUCCCGCCCUACUCCCUCAACCAGCCCUUUCCGACCGGGAUCGACCUCUGCGGCGGAGACAGCGUUCUACUCGACUGCCUCAAACCCUACAAAUCCGGCCAAUUCUGCUCUUCUGUCCAGACUCCGCGCAGGUAGCAUGCCUCAGCGGGCAAGCUUGCUGGGAACUUCAAACUCCUUCGGUCAAGGUGCUUUCAGCGGCGGAUGGAGCUCGAGAACCCGUGCUGCGACUCUCACAAGUAUCAGUUCCGCCGAAGAUCCCACUUCUCCUCAGCAGUUUGGUUUGUCCAAGGAUGGCAUGUCUGACUCGGGAGUCCGUACUCUUGAUUAUCUCGGACUCGCCGAGCCUCCGUCACACUCAAGAUUGUCGGAGGCACUUCGUCAUGAUGCGAGCGAUCCUUCUCGCGGUCAGAACUCUAACUUGUCUGACGUACUGGCCAAUUUUGGUAUGCGUAACUCCGGUCGCUUCAGAUCUUUCUCUGUCAAUACGCAGCCAAAGUACGGUGCCGAAGGUCAUGAGGGUGAACAUGGUCAUGCUAUGUACUCUGGUGGAGCUUUGACUCCAUCCGCAGCGGCCGCUCUGGAAGCCGAGUACGAACGCGUCCAGGAGAAGGUGCGGCUUCAUAACCAAGCUGUACAGGCAUUUGCUGUGAAUGCCAAUGCUGCACGCCCACGCGCCCGCACUGCAGGCUUGGUCGAAACCCCACAGCGCACCUCGCUGCGGAACCUGGUUCACCAAGAUGCUGAUGCCCUCAACAUGGAUUUUGACAUCCAUGGACCGAAUGGCAUGGAUGAGCCUUCCCUCUCCGAUGCUCUGCAGGGGUUGAAUAUCGGCGAGAAUGCUAUGUCAUAUGAGGGCAUGGACGAUCCCGAAAUUCAGGUCUCGCGGUCUUUGUGGAUCGGCUCGAUCCCCAAUUCUACCACAAUGUCUUCCUUGGACGCCAUCUUCAGUCGAUACGGACCAAUCGAGUCUACAAGGGUGCUCACGCAUAAAAACUGUGGGUUCGUUAACUUCGAGUCUGUGGAAGCGGCUGUCCGUGCUCGUCACCUCCUCAAUGGCAAAGAGAUCUUCCCUGGCGCUGGCCCUGUGAGAAUUGGGUUUGCUAAAGCUCCAAAUGCCUCUGUCUCCCUCACACCGAACCAGGACGCCACUCCUCCGGGUUCCAACGGUCUGAGUGACAUGCUUGACAUCUCACAAUCCAGGGAGGGCAAGAGCAGUCCAGCAAGUCCGGACAAUGAUCAGCAGACCCUUUCCUUGCCAGCUGCUGAGCGUUUGACUGAAUUGAAACCCGAGUUCUCACAGAUCGUCAUGGAAUUUGGUGGGCAGCCAUCAGACGUACAAUCGAUCUCCGCCAACAUCGAGAGUGCCAUCAGUUUUCAGCAAAUAGAAAAAGAAAUUCCACCGGUUCCGGAGCCAAGUCCUACGAGGAUCUACGAUGCUCCAAGGCUGCGAGACAUCCGCAAACGAAUUGAUAACGGAGCAUGCGGACUGCAAGAGAUUGAGCAGAUCGCCAUCGACAUGUUGCCUGAAAUUGCUGAACUCGCGUCAGACUAUCUUGGGAACACAGUGGUUCAGAAACUCUUUGAAUACUGCUCGGAACAGACCAAGGAACAGAUGUUGACGUAUAUUGCACCUCAUCUGGCCGAAAUUGGAGUGCAUAAAAACGGCACUUGGGCCGCUCAAAAAAUCAUCGACGUGUGCAAGACCGAAACGCAGAUACGGAUGAUUGUUGACUCAAUUCGCCCCUACACCGUUCCCCUCUUCCUCGAUCAGUACGGGAACUACGUACUCCAGUGUUGUCUUCGGUUCGGUGCGCCUUACAAUGACUUCAUCUUCGAAACCAUGCUCAGUCAACUCUGGGAAAUCGCACAAGGUCGAUUUGGUGCCAGAGCCAUGCGUGCAUGCUUGGAAUCUCAUCAUUCCACCAAGAACCAACAGCGCCUGAUGGCUGCAGCAAUCGCAUUACAUAGUGUGCAGCUUGCUCAAAAUGCUAAUGGUGCACUAUUGCUGACAUGGCUCCUCGACACCUGUACCUUUCCGCAUCGACGAUAUGUGCUUGCACCGAGAUUGAUCCCUCACUUGAUUCAGCUUUGCUCGCACAAAGUCGCCUACCUGACCGUCUUGAAGGUCAUCAACCAAAGAAAUGAGCCAGAAGCAAGGGAUAUGGUACUGAAGGCCUUGUUUUUCAGCCCCAACGACACUAUUCUCGAACAAAUCCUCUGCGAUCAAACGUCAGGUGUGACACUGAUCUUCAAGAUCUUGACGACACCAUUCCUGGACGAUAACAUGAGGCCAGAAGUAAUGCAAAGCGUGUCUAGAGUGCUCACUAAGAUCAACGCGCAACCAAAUCAGGGUUACAAAAGAAUCAUGGAUGAAGUUGGCCUGUCGUUGCGACCUAACCAGCCUCCGGCACCGCAAUAUGCUCCACAUGCACACCCGACGGUCAAUGAUCGAGGCCGCCCCAUCAAUCACCCACAGCAAGCCCCCGGAGCUGGACAUCAUUCGCAUCAGCACUAUCCCCGACAAUUUAACGGUGCAUAUGCACCUCAUGUCAAUGGCAAUGCUUUCGAAAGUGGAAUGAGCCCCAUCAGAACCGGGUCAGCUGAUUCAUUUGCCUAUGCGCCAUACAGCAUGAACGGGUUCCAGGCACAGCAGCCAUACACUCAACCGCCAUACCAGCAAAUGACGCCUCAAACGCAAUAUCCAAAUUACCCUAAUCCGGCUCCACGAGCAAAUGCUGGAUACUUGCCGGGUGGCUAUGCUGGCUUUGCUACACCUCCUUCCUCUGUUGAUCCAUUCCGUCCCUUGCAAAAUCCCUCAUCAUCACCACUGUCGUUUUCUGCACAGAUGAGUCCCGUCAUUGGCUCAGCAGCAGGAUUUCCUGGUCAAAACUAUCCGCAGAACAUGCCCAAUAACAUGUACAACUACCCUCAACAACAAUUCUUCUUCACGCCUCCAAUGCAGACAGUCCACUCCGGAGGCCGCGGGCGUAGGGUGAGUAAAUCCUGA